CUUUCAUUACAAAGAAAGGUUUCUUUAAGCUUUCAGCUUAAGCCCACCUUUAAGUUUCUAUAUAACUUCAUCAUCAUCUUCUUCUUCUUCUCUCUGAAGUAGUCUAGCUAGUUCCACCAAAUUAGAGUUCUUCAACAAAGCUACAUUGUAAACAUUUUUAGAUGAUUCGUGAAAUCUCCGGUCUACGAAACGACAACGUAAACAUUCAAGACCAUACUUCAAACAACAUCAGCAACAGAAACAUCAUGGACAAGAGAAGGGAUAACCGAAACGACAUGACUCAAGCUCAGAUGAUGAGUAAGCAAGAAUAUUUUCGGACAUUGUCAUCUCAGAAUAGUCAGAGGAAGCUAAUAACAUCGAGUUACUUCAGUUUGGAGUCAAUGGUUGUUCUUGUGGGUCUCACGGCAUCGCUUUUGUUCCUUCCAUUGAUUCUUCCACCGUUGCCUCCUCCUCCCUUCAUGCUCCUUCUGAUUCCUAUUGUGAUUAUGGUUUUGCUUAUGGUUCUUGCUUUAAUGCCUUCUUCUUCUAAUGCCAAACAUGUAACAAGUACUAAUUACAUGUAACACGCUCAAAAGUUUUGUUGUUUUGUCUAUUGUUAAUUUGUCAUUACCAAAAGGGUUUCAAGGUUAAGAGAUUUUGUAUACCUUUCAUUUGUUAAACUUCUUAUCUCAUGCAGUAGUACUAUAUAAUUUCAUGAUUAUAUCUAUAAUGGUUUUACCAGACAUGGUA